CUCCAUAUGGGUUGUAAAACUGUUUGGAAGUUUGUGUUUGUCUGCAUCCAAUCUGCACAAUAGGUAGGUACAGUGCGCGACUAUCAACAUAUGGACAUCUCUCUUCACGAUGCUUGGCAGCUGUUAUCCCACUAGCACUAAUCUAUAAUCUAAUAUCAGUUGUCCAAAACCGUUGUAAAUAUGGACAUUAGGAGGAGGACAACCUAUUUGUCUCGAGGUGCUGAUGGCCGUCCGUCGCACAACUACAGUUCGUUUUUCCAAUCUGCACAGAAAAAAUAUUGCAAUGCAGACCCUGAAAGUGGUAUUCGUCUCGUUGGACCAAUGUUUGAACUAACUGCUUGUGUGGAGCUUAAAGGAGAUGAGGAGGAUUUUGAGACGAUGUACCCGGAUACAUCUCUUUCAUUUGGCCCAACUAUUUGUUCAUUCGGCCUGAAGUAUAACGAUCACAACUACGCCCUUCCUUCAGGAUUAACUCCUCCCUCAAUGGCACCCCAUUUAAUGGAUCUUCAAAUGCCGAAAAAUAAGUUUUCAGAUACAAAGCAGAACAAUCCAUGUUCAAAAAAUUUGUUUGCCCAAAAGUCAGGCUGUAAAUUGGGAGCUGAAGAUAUUGGACAAAAACAUAAUAUUGAUAAGCGUCUCGAUAGGCAAAGUUCUCUUACUUUUAAACGCUCCACACUCGAAGGGAAUGGUAUAUACAGUAAUGAUGGUAAAAAGCACUCUAGUGGACUAUGGUUUUCUAAAUCCAUAGAUCUAGAUGACAAAUCGAUGGCGGAUACUGAUUCAAAGGAUCAGUAUAUACCUUCACGAUUUGGAUCACAAAUUUCCAAUUAUGAACAAAUGGAGUUACGGUGUGAACCUGAGUUGAAGGUCAUUGAAGUGCCCGAAGAACUUGCAGUUUCACCUUCUCAGUUAAGUGAUUUGGAUAGUGACACAUCAGAAGUUGAUUAUAUUACAAAGAUCGUUAUUCCUUCUUCCGAUGGAUCAUAUAUACAUUCGGCUGUUGAUAACGCUUGGGUCGGUAAUAAUGUAUGGGCUGACGUCCGCUGUGUGUGUGGUCACUCUCAGCCUAAAUCUGGACUUAUACGAUGUCCCAAAUGCAGUUCUUGUCAACAUGUACAGUGUAUGGAGUCACAUUACAAUGUUACUAUGCCUCGAUUGAGUGAUGGAUAUACCUGCAAUGUAUGUGGAAAUGACAAUACUGAAUUUCAAGGUACAUCAUCGGACACAACAACAAAUGCCAAUGCAAACAAGGAUUGUGUUGCUCUAAAUAAUGAUACUAUGAAUUUUAUUGAUGGUGCUAGUAAUUCGUCAAUAAAAUUGACUCAAUCCUCUGAGGGGAACAUUGGAGCUCAGUAUGUAGAAGUUGCUGCUGAUAGAGCAAAAAGACUGGGUCUUUUGUCGAAUAGCUGCAAAUUGGAUGCUGAUAGUUCUACGUUUUCUGGGUCUUGGUCUGGUCAGUCUGUUGUAAGAGAACAUGAUACUACUGGACGUUCUGGUUGGUCAUCUGUGAAUUGGGAAAAAUUGAACGAAAUUUCUCGUUCUGGUCGCAGGCAUCAUGGUGAUACAGAUGUCAAUUUGAGAAUGCCAUCUCCUCCAAGAGCAUCCAAACGGAAGCAAGACCUAACUUCUACAUCGUAUAAUGACACAGAAGUCGCGGCAGCCGAUUCAUCUUCUGAACAAAAUUCCAACACUACCGUUAUUUUACCAAAUAGUGGUGAUGAGUCGUCUUCUGUAGAUGUAACACCUUCGAGCACGCCGUCAAAUACUCCAAUGAAACCAGGGACUUUACCACUCACUCCUCUUACUCCCACAAGUACACCUGGUGGUACGCUUACACCUGGUUCUGGAUACAGUAGUUCUUCAGGUGUAGAAGGUAGUCCACGUCGUCACAGGCUGGGUAUUGAUCGUUCAGCUAAUAAAGUCAAAAGAGUUCUGUUUCCCGAUGGCUCCAAUUCAACCAAACGUCGUUUCGAUGCUCGAACUAAUCCUCUUGGUGCAGCUUGGGCUAAAGACUAUCAGGAAGCCGAAAGUAAUGUUUAUACAAAAGCUCUGCUCGAACGUAUACAGAGUAGAAUAUCCUCUAGCGUUGAACGAAAUCAUAAAAUCCCACCAGCCUGCUUAACUCGGAGUUCGCUUUGUCGAGUUGUCCUCUUUGAUCAUAAUGAUAAGGGCUUAGAAGCAUCGAUCAGAUUAGCACCGAAUGAAGUUGUGACUGAAGUCCGUGGUCAUUUCUUAUUGAUGGAAGAAUAUGAACACUAUGUAGAUCCUGUUUCCGACUAUAACCGUUACGUUAUGUUUUAUCGUGGGUUUGGCGAUCGGACGGUUGUCAUUGACUCCAGCCAAUAUGGAAAUAGUGCACGAUUUGUUCGACGUUCAUGUAUUCCAAAUUGUAGACUCGAACAUUACGUUGUUCAAAAUAAACUUAGAAUUGUAAUUCGCACAUCUGUUGAAGUAAUGCCUGGGACUGAGUUAACCAUACCUUUCGACUUGGACUACCGGGCGUGUCGUUAUCCUUUGGAUUGUGCUUGUGCAAGAUCUCGUUGUCCUGUUCUAAAGUGGCGACGAAAACUGCUUCGAAAUAAAGUGGUGCCUAACUUGGAUUAUAGUAAAUAUAUUGAAUCACAGCUUCGAGUACUUUCCAAACCUUUAUCUCAAGAAAGUCCUACAAACAGAUCCUUUGACUCCAAUAGUUUAACAGCAUCUCCGUUAGUAAAAACAUCUGCCACUUCAAACAGUGUUGUUAAUCAACCUAUCGGUUUAUCACCCAAUGUUAAUUAUAAUUUGUAUAGUAUAAAAUCAUCACCUGUUACUUUUCGUAAAGAGGUUGAGCUACCCAUCCAUGACUGUGAUUCUUUGAUUGCCGAAAAAACAAAUCAGAGUGAUUUAGAUUUGAAUAAAACUGAACAUUUAGACAAUUCAGUUUCCUUGAACUGUGCAUCGUCUUCUACGAUUAUAAAUCAAAGUAAAAAUAGUGAACAUGUUAACUUAGAUCCCAUCACUUCUGAGAGUGAAAAUGUUGCCGAAUCUGAUUUCGUAACUGACGAAAAUCAAAUUCCUGAAACUUCUCAACCUGUGGAUAUAUCAGCUGAAAGCCAUUCAGGAAUAUCUUCGACGAAGAUUAAAGAUUCUCCAUUUCGUAAAAAUCAAAAUAUGAGUGAAGAAAAACUGCCUUUUGAACCUAUCAUUACUACAAGAAGGCAGGCUGCAGCUAUGAAAAAUACCUUAAGGUAGUGGAUGAUCAAAGCUUUCACUGCUAACAAGUUAACUGACUUUUCUAACCAGAAAACACUUUUUAAACCCACCACUGUUAUGAUAGAGCUAUGGGGUCAUGAUGUUAAUCAUGUAAAACUUAUUUCAGUUAGCCAGAUAACUUUUUGUUUUGUUAAUAUUUUGAUUUCUUUUCCUUGUAUAUUGUCAUUCAACAACUUUUGUUUUUUUUUCUUUGUCCAUAUUUAGUUUAGUAUAAACUAACUUGUAUUUUCUUUCUGUUUGUGUAAUCGGAUUAUUUCUUUUCUUGUCCCCCUCUUUCUUCAUAUAACGAUGAUGACAAUGAUGUUAUAGCGUAAUUUUCCUCUCCAUUUUGUAAAUGCUUUAUUCCCUUUUACAUUGUUACUUUCGCCAUGUUUUGUAAAUGACGUAUCUAUAUCCUUUUCCUUGGUUCCGUGUAUACUCUAUCACUAUUUUUCUUGUUAUUAUUUUGCCAGUAAAGUAAUAAGAGAAAUUCGCAUGAAAUGUAGCAUAUCAAAAAGGAAUAUUUUCGAAGUAUUCUAGAGCUCUAAUUAUUGCGAUUGCAUUAUUUUCUUUUAUUCAACAAAGAUAUAUAACGCUGAAAAUGCCUUUUUCUCCAUAUAUUUAUGUGUUUUUGUAUUACGUGUUUUUAAUGCUGAGUGCUUUCAUGCAUAGAUGGAUGAGAUUUGAUCUAAUUUAUUAGAUGAAACUUCAUUAUGAAAAAGCUGUUAAGAUCUGUCGUCUGUUAUAUUGUGGUAUGCUGCACAUUAAUAACAGAUGACUUAAACUAGUGGUUAAUUAUCGAUAAUUAAUUAUACCUUUUUUAGAAUUCUGUUUCAAUCAGUUAAACAGCAUAAAGUUAUUUGUCCUUCAUCCCCGAUUAAUGAGUAAAAUAUGACAUUAAUUUUGACACAUCUUCAACCUACUAAUUAUCGAUAUCCCUUAAUUGUAAAAAUGUUUCCUCACUUGGUUGUACAAAAAUGCAGUUCGAUCGACAACUAAUCAAUUUUUUCCUGUAAAUCACCUUUUACCGAAUAAUCCAACUAGUUUAUAUGUGAUUUAACUGCAACAUUUAAAAUAAAUUUUCUGUAAGUCGUUUUUACCAUCAACAACUCUAUAUAAGCAGGUUUUUGAUCUUGUUUUUUUCGUAUUUGACGUUUUCUCAGGUUUGUCAUCCUUCUUAAAAAUAUAUGUAUUUAGUAAUGAUUAGCUUUUAACUCUAUGUAUGAAUUGUUGUCACGCGCUAUUCCGUAACUCUGGAUGAUCACAUAAUAUCUACUUUUUCGGAAUAUCUCAAUAUUCUACUUAUGAGAGGGACAUUCGGAAUCAGUGAUAUUGGUGAUUCGUGUGGAAAUCCACUAUUCAUGUUUCAUUUCACUCUAUUUUAUGGCAUUUUUAUAACUUUCUGCAAAACCAGAAAUAAUUGUUUUUCUUAUUGGAUUAUAUUUUAUACUAUUAUGGAUGAUAUCUUCGGACAAUAUUGAAAAUAAAUCUUACAGUAUUUUAAGAAUUGUAUUUACACAUCUUACCAUUCAGUCCUAAAAAUAACAAAUGGCCUACAGUCGUAAUUUUCCAAUCUAACGUUUCAUUUUAUCAGCUGGUGAUUAAUCGAUUAGAUGGGUGAAAAAAUUACCUUUUAUCAAAUGUAGAAGGCCAGGUCGAGAUGUCUUGGAGGCAGUGCGAGAUCGCCUAAAAGUUGUUUCCCCUUUACUGUGGCAUUGAUUCUCUUAAUUAUACAGCUUUAGGUGGGUUGUAACACGUCCAUAAUAACGUUAACAACUUAUGUAGUAUCUGUGUUCGGUUUUCCUAGUGAGAAGGGUUAAGUUUGACAUUUCUGUUCUUAUGUAUUCAUGUGUUUAUCAUUGGUUUUAGGACGAAAAAUUGAUUUUCAUAUGAUUUUAACUUUAGGAUAUUUUGUUUGUCACAGUACGAUUUGAGGAAACAAGGGCAAUCAGCAGUUGAGUAUCAUAGCUCUAUUCAGAUAGUCGUAAUUUAAUUUCGAUUGAUGUUAGGGGGUAACAGAUUUAAUCCUGGAUACAAAUUGAAUUUAUUCUUGCUUCCUUCAAACUAUCAGGAGGAACGUAUGUGUGGGUAAUCAUUUGAUGUUUAUUUGUAAGACCCGACCGCAGCUGCUACCUUGAAGUGGUGGUCGGGCUUGCCUAUCAUAAUGACCCGAUCGAGCUAUAUUAGCUGGAACAUAUAUUCCUGUAGGUUCUACCACUCCAGGCAGGUCGAUUGGAGAACUGUAUGACUAAAAAUAGCUACUCAAGGUCUGAGGGCGAAGUCGUACUGCUUACUGUAGAGAGGUGUGACAGCAGUAAGGUGUUUCACUCGAACAACUAGCAUCUGCAGCGAUGCUGUCUCCUCACAAGGAAGGAAGGGUUUAGAAAAGGUCGACCCUAA